GUUUUAACUUGGAGAGUUUUUUCCAAACAUAGCCAUUCCAUUUCCCUGUGGUAGUUUUUAAGGACAGUUUGGAGACAAUUCCAGAGGGAAGUUGAGGGAAUGAUGAAGGCGGCGUCCUUCCUGGUGGCUUUCUAUGUGUUGGUGCCGCUCAUCAUCUACCUGUGGCCAUGGACUCUGGCUUACGCCGUCUUUGCCCACUUGUUGAGGGUUCCAUACUUCAUAGAUCUCACCCGUCCAGAAUACGUGCUAAACCACACGUGUAACUUCUACCUGGAACCGGAGCAGGGCGUCCGCGUGGGCGUAUGGCACACACUUCCUGCCAGCCAUUGGGACAAGGCAGCGGGGAAGGGUCCCGAGUGGUACCGCAGGGCUCUAGGAGACGGAAGUCCUGUUAUCAUCUAUCUCCAUGGCAACGUGGGCACCAGGGCCAAAGAUCACAGGGUGCAACUGGUCAAGAUUUUAAGCACCGCAGGGUUUCACAUUCUCUCUCUGGACUACAGAGGCUACGGCGACUCGACAGGGCAGCCGAGCGAACGCGGGAUGACCACAGACGCCCUCCACCUGUACACGUGGGUGGAGCGGCAAAGCGGAGGGUCCCUGGUGUGUCUGUGGGGGCACUCGCUCGGCUCCGGGGUUGCAAGUAACACUGCCGUGAAGGUGCAAGAGCAAGGGUCCGUCGUGGACGCCUUAAUUCUCGAGGCUCCAUUCACAAGUAUCGGAGAGGUAGUUGUCAAUUUUCCUGUGGCUAAGCUCUACACGUUCCUUCCGGGAUUUGAACUCUUCCUUUGGAACACUUUGGAGACGAACAAGCUGCUGUUUUCAAACGAAGACAAAUGUACACGUCCCUCUGCUCAGUUUAAAGGCGCUGACGUGUCCUCUGCUCAUACUGCACGCGGAGGACGACGACGUGGUGCCGUAUCACAUGGGUCAGAAGCUGUACCAGAUAUCAGCGCGCACGCACAGGGAGCGGAGCAAAGACGUUCCGCUGGAAAUAAUUUCCUACCCGGCGAGUCGCGGAUUGUCCCACAGCGACAUCUACUUGGAUCCUGGCCUGUCCGAGUCGGUGGGGGCUUUUCUGCACAAGCUGCGAGGAUAACGCUACUCCUGGAACUUACACCUCACCCCUUCGCAGCGAACCAGUAUUUGUGUUUUUUUAAAAAAAAAGAAGCUUUUUGGGUGCUUUUUAUAACGCACAAAGAUGCCACAAGUUGGCGCCAAAGCACUGGCUAUUAGUAUAGUACUUGGUGUCAAGGAAAUAUGUUGAAGUGAUACAUCUCAACUGACUAACAUCUUUGUCAAGAGGAGCUAAGUUUAGCCUGGGUUGUUAGUGGGUUGAUGAUGCCAGCGACCCCAUCACAACUUCACAACAAGCAGCAGUUUGGCAGAUAGUGAACAAUUCUUCAAAAACGAGGCUUCAAGCUGUUUAUUUCCACUCCCUGUCGAAGUUUACCCUCAAAUUAAACAUAAACCCAAGCGAAUGACACCUUGUGGAGUUAAAACCACAUAACUUUGCCUUAAAGUCCUCUAGCUUAAUGCUAACACACAAUGCAAAACGCCAUAGACAGGCUAAUGAGUAGCAUCGAUGUUAUAACCCCUUAAGAAACGACUAUUUGAACACAAAGGGUGCAGAAGGAGCACAAUGUGUGUGGAUUAAAGGCAUUUCCAUUUAUUUCAAAGGGGAAAUAUGAUUUUAGAUAUGAGUGUCGUGUUACAAGUGUGGUCCCGGAAUUAAACUUGUAAGUCAAGGCACCACUGUUUUACUGUAGCAUACAAACUUUUACUGUAACGUGACAAAAAUGUGAAGGGGAAAAAAGAAAUGCCAUUCAAUGUAAUUUUAAUACACCUGAGAUAUGCGAACACUGGUAGGAAAACACUGGAGAAGGAAAAUGUAUUUUUGUUUGUCUUUACUCUCUUCUAGCAGUAAAUCUAGAAUGUCCAAAUAACUCGGGUUCUGUUUUUUUUUCCUAACACCUCCCCCUGUCUGAGUGAAUACAUUUUGCAAAUGCAAAGUGAGAAAGCUGUAACAGAUAAGU